AUGCGCCUCAGUCCCACCCACAGUGUGAACCAAUACAAACUUAACACCUCCCAGUGGAUUCCCACUCUCACCCACACGUCACUGAAGACCCUCACCCUCAGGCCUACGGAAAAAGCUUCCCUGGACACGGAGGACAGAGCCUGGCUGGGUGAGGGUCAGUCUGAAUCUCAGCUCACACCAGGUCCGGAUGCAGUCGCAACCAGUGAUGGAGACCGGCCCGCCUGGGACUCGAAGUUCCAGUACGUGUUGGCCCAGGUGGGGUUCAGUGUGGGCUUAGGGAAUGUGUGGAGGUUUCCGUACCUCUGCCACCAAAAUGGAGGAGGGUCCUUCAUGCUGUUGUAUGUUUUUCUUCUCGUGAUUGUGGGAGUUCCACUGUUCUUCAUGGAGUUGGCAGCUGGCCAGUGCAUUCGACAGGGAAGCAUCGGCGUGUGGAAGCACAUCUCCCCAAAGCUGGCAGGGAUUGGCUACUCCAGCUGCAUUGUCUGCUUCUACGUGGCUCUGUACUACAAUGUCAUCAUUGCGUGGAGCCUGUUCUACUUGGGGAAUUCUUUUCAGUUUCCUCUGCCGUGGGAGCAGUGCCCUAUCGACGUAGCCACUAACAGCACAGUGAAAGAAUGUGCAGCCAGCUCCCCGACGUCCUAUUUCUGGUUCCGGAAAGCGCUCAACCUCACAAACUCCAUUGACGACUCCGGAGAGUUAAACCCCAUCAUGACGGGCUGUUUGUUGGCUGCUUGGACCAUCGUCUCUCUGGCCAUGAUCAAGGGCAUCAAGUCCUCUGCAAAGGUGAUGUACUUUUCCACAGUCUUUCCCUACCUGGUGCUCUUCAUCUUCCUCAUCAGAGGGUUGAUGUUGGACGGUGCGAUUGACGGAAUCACAUAUAUGUUUUACCCUAAACUGGAGAUCUGGGGUAGUGUGCAGGUGUGGCGACAGGCUGCCACACAAGUCUUCUUCGCCCUUGGUCUGGGCUACGGCUCCGUCAUCGCUUACUCCUCCUACAAUCCAGUCAACAACAACUGCCACAGGGACGCGCUGAUGGUCUCUUGCAUCAACUUCAUGACAUCGGUGCUGGCAUCGCUGGUGGUUUUUGUUGUGCUGGGUUUCCGGGCCAAGAACAUUGCACUACGCUGCGUGACUAAAAAUCUUGGUCUGCUCAGCUCCAUGGCGUCACAUGGAUCUGACGAGCACUGGUGGCCCUGGUUCAACAUGUCAGAUCCGAGCUCUGUGUCCAUACCGGACUACAGAGAGUGGUACCGUCACUACAGCCCGGCUAUGGGUCCAAACAUCACCGACUGCAGUCUGGAGGAGGAGAUGAAUAAGGGGAUUGAAGGGACGGGCCUGGCGUUCAUAGCGUUCACUGAGGUGAUGGCCCUCUUCCCAGCCAGCCCCUUCUGGUCCACACUGUUCUUCCUCAUGCUGCUCAACCUGGGCCUCAGCACCAUGUUUGGGACCAUGCAGGGAAUCCUCACACCUCUCAUGGACAAUUUCAGCGUCUUGGGGCGCCACAGGACCGCACUCACUGUGUCCAGCUGCGCUCUGGGUUUCUUGAUAGGAAUGUUGUUCACCCAGCGUUCGGGCAACUACUUUGUGACGAUGUUUGACGACUACUCGGCCACGCUCCCGCUUGUCAUCGUAGUCAUCUUUGAAACCAUCAGUGUUUCCUGGGUUUAUGGAACCGAUCGCUUCCUGGAUGAUAUUGAGGUAAUGCUCAAAUGGCGCCCUCCAGUGAUCUACAAGUAUCUGUGGAAGUAUGUGUGUUUACUGGCAAUGGUGGGUCUGCUGGCGGCCAGUUUGCUGCGCAUGGUCUUCAAACGUCCCACAUACACCGCCUGGAAUCAAAACACAGGUUCUGAGAUGACUCUGGAGUAUCCUGGCUGGGCCCUGGGGAUGAUCGUCAUGCUCAUAGUCCUAGCCAGCCUGCCCGUGCCAAUCGGCUACAUCCAUUCCACGUGGAAAAACCGCCAGCUCCGUCACGCCGGCUCCGAAGAGGGAGCGGGCCAGGAGGUGCACCGCGAGUUGUACACCAAGUGCAACUCCACCGAGCAGCUGGACUCCCACCGCCGAGCCCCCUCCGAGGAGGACGAGGCUCGUCCCAGGACUGUCUUCCCGCCAAUGGGCAACGAACAAUAUCGGCUCCUGCCCCAGCAGCAGGAGGAGGAGGAUGAGGAUGAGGUGCAAGACACAGGAGUGUGA